AUGGCGAACGCCACGGCGGGCUCAGAAGCAAGCAAGAACACCGUGACCGCGGCCUCCUGGGACCCGAUGCUCCACGUGAACGAGCAGCCUACGCCUUCGUGUCUCGCGAGGGUGACGCGGGACAUCGCGGAGAUCAAGGCCGACCCGCUGACGGGGAUCUUCAUCUCUCCCGAAGAGAGUGACGUCACCAGGAUCCACGCCAUCGUGGUGGGACCCGAGGGAACCCCGUACGAGGGCGGGUUCUUCCACUUCUUCAUGAAGUGCCCCCCGAACUACCCGGUCGCUCCCCCACGGGUGCGCAUCAUGACCACGGACGCCGGUAGAGUGCGCUUCAACCCUAACCUCGACGAGUGCGGAAAGGUGCGUCUCAGCAUUCUCGGCACUCGGCCAGGACCCGCAUGGAACCCAGUGCAAAACAUCGGCACCGUCCUCGUCUCCAUACAGACGCUCAUGAACAAGGAGCCCCUUUACAACGAGCCCAAUAUGUUUAUUAUGCCGGUCUUCUCCGCAUGGUACAGCGAUAGAGUGCGACACGACACCGUCAGGGUGGCCAUCUGCGACGCGUUGGAGGCUUGUCUUCAGGAUGAACCACCCUACCCGCCGUACCUGGCCGGCGCGAUCCUGAAGACGUUCGCCGACUCGUACGACAAGUACGAGGACAUGAUCAAAGCCCAGAUCAAACUGAACCGUACCUGGCAGCUGUCGCGGAUGCUGGGCAUUACAGCCACCUACCAGUAUGAGCCGCUGCUGUCGUGGCUGAGGCGACUCGGCCCGCGCGUCAAGCACAAGAUCGCAGCGGAUGGCGCUGCUGAAGCUAGCGCGAAAUGA